UAUUCCUCCUGACUGUGCUUAAGCGACUCUAAACGCACAGCCUUCUUAAGCACGCGCCGCAGCACGUUUUCCCGGAGUUGAACCUGCUCAAGCCGACUGCUGGAGUUACUGCUUUUCUUGCCAACAACUAUUUAAAUGCAGUCAUUGGCAAAGCGUCCGGCACGCUGCUCAGGGAAAGCGUGUGUCGGAGCUGCAAAUGGCCGCCGUGUGCUAGUCUUACGUGCCCAGGCAGCUUCUUCACCGGCAGUGGAGUCAAUCAGCGGCGUGCGGCCGGAGGUCGUUGAGGCCAUUGCCAAGGCUCAGAACAACUGCCUUACUGCUACAGACCUUCCUCUGCCCAACCGUCGUCAGGGUAAGGUUCGCGACACGUAUGACCUGGGUGACCGGGUGGUCAUUGUGACCACGGACCGCCAGUCGGCGUUCGACAGGCUGCUGGCGUCCGUGCCGUUUAAGGGCCAGGUUCUCAACCAGACCGCCGCCUGGUGGUUCUCCGCCACCUCCCACAUCGUCCCCUCCGCCCUGCUCACCCUGCCCGACCCCAACGUGGCGGUCAUGAAGAAGUGCCGGGUCUUCCCAGUGGAGUUCGUUUGCCGUGGCUUCAUGACGGGCUCUACUGACACCAGUCUGUGGACCCACUACAAGGCGGGCGCCCGCCAGUACUGCGGCAACAGCUUCCCCGAUGGCAUGAGGAAGAACGACCGGCUGGUCGCCAACGUCAUCACCCCCACCACCAAGGCCGAGGAUCACGAUGUGCCCAUCAGUCCGAAGGAGAUUGUGGAGCAGGGGCUCAUGACGCAGGAGGAGUGGGACACCGUGAGUGCUGCUGCUCUCCGCAUCUUCCAGUUCGGCCAGGAGGAGGCGGCUCGGAGGGGGCUGCUGCUGGUGGAUACCAAAUACGAGUUUGGAAAAGACGCGGACGGCACCAUCCGCAUCAUUGACGAGGUGCACACCCCGGACUCCUCCCGCUACUGGCUGGCGGACACGUAUGCGGCCCGACAUGCGGCGGGGCUGGAGCCGGAGAACAUCGAUAAGGAGUUCCUGCGCCUGUGGUUCCGACAGAGGUGUGAUCCGUACAAGGAUGCCGUACUUCCCGAGGCGCCUGCCGAGCUUGUGUGCGAGCUGAGCAAGCGUUACGUGUACCUGUACGAACGGAUUACGGGGCAGCCCUUCCAGGUGCCUGAUUUGGCAACCCCCGUCAACGAGCGCAUCGUUGCCAACUUGCGCAAGGCGGGGUUGUGCUGAGCCAGGACUACCGCCAGUUCGGCUACGGAGAACGUGCUGACAGGCUUGGCACAGCGGGGGGGGCUGAGCCGGGGAGGGGAAUUGAGGGGGAGGGGGUUGUUGGCUUAUUGGGGCCCCAGGCGGUGGCGGUGGCGGCGUGAUCAGUGUGAAGCUUCCUAGUUUAUGUGGCCGUGUGUGGGCUGCGGUCGUGGGCGCGAGGUUCAGCAUUAGCUUGGAUUUGAAGUUUUAGUUUUAGGGCCGUGAUAAGGACGUGGCGAGGGUAGGGGCCAGGGCACUCGCGAACUCUCUGUGCAAGGAAAUAAAGGAAGAGGGACGCGCUUCAGCAAUUGCUCGUUCACCAAAGCGCAACGUUACCGCCGUUUUCCCGUGCGUUCACUACGUUAUAAGUACUGUACGGCGUGUCCAAAUAACUGUACAACAUGUCCAAAGUACUGUACGGCAUGCAGCUGUCGGCAUGUAACGUGUAGGGUGGCUUGUCAGCUGUAGUUUGGUUAAAGUACUGAGAUAUUUAGGUUGUAGUCCGCGAACGUCAUGUCAUGCGUUAAGAUUGCAACAUGGCGCGACCUGGUGGUUUUGUUUAGUGUUGCUAAAGAGCUGCGCUGUGGGGUACUGACUUCCACACAUCGUGUGGUAGGCGCCUUGACAUCCGCAAAGACGUUUUGUGUCCUAGUAAUGUUUUUUAAUAAUCUGCAUACGGUUAAGGUACAGCGUAACCCUGGCACCCAAAUACCACAAAACACACAAACGGUUUUGGAACACCGAAAUCCGUACAACCCGUGGUCUGAGGCGCCUACACAAAUUUAGCUAUGCCACCAGACUCCAAGUCCCUUCAGAGGUUGUAAACAGGAGUU